AUGGUGGGAGGACAGCCUACUCCCACGCGAAGGGGUCCUUGGAAGGAUAUAUGCCAGCUACAAGUUAGUAAGUCGGGGCUGAGAGAUCAGAUGAUCAGUGGGUUGUCGAUGGAGUUAGGGAAUAGCAGAACAAUCCGAUUCUGGGAGAAUAGAUGGCUACCGGCUGGAGUAUUGAAAGAUAUGUUUCCUAGGCUUUUCUCGGUCUCAACUCUUCAUGAAUCUGUGAUAGCAGACUGUGGCUUUUGGGAUGGGCUAGUGUGGAUUUGGAGUUUCCAGUGGAGGAGAGAGUUGUUCCAGUGGGAGUUGGACUUAGUACACCAGCUUCAUGAGAUCUUACAGUCAUUCAAGCUUACAAAUGGGAGGGAAGAUAGUGUGGUAUGGAAAUUUGAUAAAACAGGUGACUACUCAACAAAAUCCUUUGUGCGAGUGAUGCAGGAGGAAGUCCUACCGGAGGAGGUUACCAGCUAUAGCUUCACUAGUGCUGUUUGGAAAGGAUUUGUCCCCCCGAGGGUUGAACUCCUUUCUUGGUUUGCGUUAGUCGGAAGGGUCAACACAAAGGAUCGACUGUGCAGAUUACGGGUUAUUGACCAGCAGGACAAUAGGUGUCUUCUCUGUGGUAAGCCUGUGGAAACCGCGUAUCAUCUGUUUCUUAGUUGUGAGAUUACAUGGCAGGUGUGGUGUGCUUGGCUAAUGGCCUUUCAACAAAGGUGGAGCUUUCCGGGUACUUUGAAGGAACAUUUUGAGAGUUGGACGAGCUUUCUAGGAAGGAAGGUAGAUAGGAAGAGAUGGUUCACUGAAUUCUUUGCUGUUAUCUGGACAAUUUGGCUGGAAAGGAAUGACAGACUCUUCCGAAAUAAGAGUUCAAGAGUAGGGAACAUUAUCAACAGAUCGUUUACGUUCUACGAAGAAUGGAGUGGUGCUGAGCCUUUUGGGUGUUGA